GACGGCGGGAGCCCGGCCGCGACCAGGUGAGGAGGCGGCGUCCGGCGCCACUGCAGCCCGCGGCGGCCUCGGAGGAAGAGGACUCGCCGCCGCGCGCCCGUCGUCGCAGCCCUUCCUGUUGGGAUUAUCUCCUGCUCUCCUCUCCUUCGCACUCCGCGAUCGAAGCCGCCAGCGGCUCGGACUCCUUCCCACCCGGUGCCUCCGCUCCCCCGGGAGCCUCGAGGAGACAGACAGAUCCCCCUGGGCGGCGAGACCAUGAGGAAAUUCAACAUCAGGAAGGUGCUGGACGGCCUGACCGCAGGCUCGUCCUCGGCCUCGCAACAGCAGCAACAGCAGCAGCACCCGCCUGGGAACCGGGAGCCCGAGAUCCAGGAGACGCUCCAGUCCGAACACUUCCAACUCUGCAAGACUGUUCGCCAUGGAUUCCCCUAUCAGCCCUCAGCUCUGGCCUUUGAUCCAGUACAGAAGAUCCUGGCAGUAGGAACUCAGACUGGUGCUUUAAGGCUCUUUGGUCGUCCAGGAGUGGAGUGUUAUUGCCAACAUGACAGUGGAGCGGCAGUAAUUCAACUCCAGUUCUUGAUUAAUGAGGUAGGAGGAGGUGAGAUCCACUAUCUCUGCUACAGUGCAGAAGAUGGUACCGACAACAAAGAACCAUAUGGUCCAAGAAGAGCCUACAUUGAAGUGAUACUCAUCUCUUGUAUUGUUAUUCCAAGGGCCAGAGCUAUCCCUAACUGCAGCAGGGUGAUGAUGGUCAUGCUGCAGCAGGGUGAUGAUGGUCAUGCUGCAGUAGGGGUGAUGAUGGUCACACUGCAGCAGGGGGUUACAUUUUGCCAUCUGCCUUUCCAGAGUAAGUGGCUCUAUGUGGGCACUGAACGAGGUAACAUACAUAUUGUCAACGUGGAGUCCUUCACACUCUCAGGCUAUGUCAUUAUGUGGAAUAAAGCCAUUGAACUGUCGUCUAAAUCUCAUCCCGGCCCUGUUGUCCAUAUAAGUGAUAAUCCCAUGGAUGAGGGGAAGCUUCUGAUCGGCUUUGAGUCUGGAACCGUUGUCCUCUGGGACCUCAAGUCGAAGAAGGCUGACUACCGAUACACGUAUGACGAGGCUAUUCACUCUGUGGCUUGGCAUCAUGAAGGAAAGCAAUUUAUUUGCAGUCAUUCUGAUGGUACUUUGACCAUAUGGAAUGUGAGGUCCCCUGCUAAACCUGUACAGACCAUCACUCCUCAUGGAAAACAGCUAAAGGAUGGGAAGAAACCAGAGCCAUGCAAGCCUAUCCUCAAGGUGGAGUUCAAAACGACUAGAUCUGGGGAACCUUUCAUUAUUUUGUCGGGGGGCUUGUCAUAUGACACCGUGGGAAGAAGGCCUUGCUUAACAGUGAUGCACGGAAAAAGCACAGCUGUGCUGGAAAUGGACUAUUCAAUUGUUGACUUUCUCACCCUCUGUGAAACACCAUACCCAAAUGAUUUUCAAGAACCAUAUGCUGUGGUUGUUCUUCUGGAAAAGGAUUUAGUACUGAUAGACCUUGCACAAAAUGGAUACCCUAUAUUUGAGAAUCCCUACCCUUUGAGCAUACACGAGUCCCCUGUUACAUGUUGUGAAUAUUUUGCUGAUUGUCCUGUGGACCUCAUUCCUGCACUUUAUUCUGUUGGAGCUAGACAGAAACGUCAAGGCUACAGCAAAAAGGAAUGGCCCAUCAAUGGAGGUAAUUGGGGCUUGGGUGCUCAAAGUUACCCAGAAAUAAUUAUUACAGGGCAUGCUGAUGGGUCAGUUAAGUUCUGGGAUGCUUCUGCAAUAACUCUACAAGUACUGUAUAAAUUAAAAACGUCUAAAGUAUUUGAAAAGUCAAGAAAUAAAGAUGACAGACCAAACACGGACAUUGUAGAUGAAGAUCCAUACGCCAUUCAGAUCAUCUCCUGGUGCCCAGAGAGCAGAAUGCUGUGCAUAGCUGGAGUGUCAGCUCAUGUCAUCGUCUAUAGAUUCAGCAAACAGGAAGUAGUUACAGAAGUCAUUCCGAUGCUUGAAGUUCGACUGUUAUAUGAAAUAAAUGAUGUGGAAACGCCAGAGGGUGAGCAGCCGCCACCUUUGUCCACCCCCGUGGGCAGCUCCAACCCUCAGCCCACUCCUCCUCAGUCUCAUCCGUCCACCAGUAGCAGCUCAUCUGAUGGGCUUCGUGAUAAUGUACCUUGCUUAAAAGUCAAAAGCUCACCACUUAAACAGUCUCCAGGUUAUCAGACAGAACUAGUUAUUCAGUUGGUGUGGGUGGGUGGAGAACCUCCACAGCAGAUCACCAGCCUGGCACUCAAUUCUUCCUACGGGCUUGUGGUUUUUGGCAACUGUAACGGCAUCGCAAUGGUUGACUACCUCCAGAAGGCAGUACUGCUCAACCUCAGCACCAUAGAACUGUACGGCUCAAACGAUCCUUACCGAAGAGAACCCCGGUCGCCUCGGAAAUCACGCCAACCUUCAGGAGCAGGCCUGUGUGAUAUUACUGAAGGGACUGUUGUCACAGAGGAUCGCUGCAAAUCUCCAACUUCCGGUUCUUCAUCACCACACAAUUCAGAUGAUGAGCAAAAAGUGAAUAAUUUUAUAGAAAAGGUGAAGACCAAAAGCAGAAAGUUUUCCAAGAUGGUAGCCAGUGAUCUAGCAAAGAUGUCAAGGAAAUUAAGCUUGCCAACUGACCUAAAGCCCGAUUUAGAUAUAAAAGAUAAUUCCUUCAGCAGAUCGCGGAGUUCAAGUGUAACCAGCAUUGACAAGGAAUCCCGAGAGGCCAUCUCUGCUCUUCAUUUCUGUGAAACUUACACUCGGAAGGCGGACUCUUCCCCGUCCCCAUGUCUGUGGGUGGGAACAACGCUGGGAACAGUGUUCAUCAUCACACUGAACCUUCCUCCAGGGCCCGACCAAAGACUCCUUCAGCCAGUGAUUGUGUCUCCAAGUGGUACUAUAUUGAGGUUAAAAGGUGCAAUCUUGAGAAUGGCAUUUCUGGAUGCCACGGGCUGCUUAAUGCCACCUGCGUCCGAACCCUGGAAAGAGCACAACGUUCCCGAAGAAAAAGACGAAAAGGAGAAGCUGAAAAAGCGGCGCCCUGUCUCAGUGUCCCCCUCCUCUUCUCAGGAAAUUAGUGAAAACCAGUAUGCAGUGAUAUGUUCUGAAAAGCAAGCUAAGGUCAUCUCACUGCCGACCCAGAACUGUGCGUACAAGCAGAACAUUACUGAGACGUCCUUCGUGCUUCGUGGAGAUAUUGUAGCAUUGAGCAACAGUGUCUGCCUCGCCUGCUUCUGCGCCAACGGCCAUAUUAUGACUUUCAGUUUGCCAAGCCUAAGGCCUCUGUUGGACGUCUACUACUUGCCCCUUACGAACAUGCGGAUAGCCAGGACCUUUUGCUUCACCAACAAUGGACAAGCGUUAUACCUUGUUUCACCUACAGAAAUCCAGCGACUCACCUACAGUCAAGAGACGUGUGAAAAUCUUCAAGAGAUGCUGGGUGAGCUGUUCACUCCUGUAGAAACACCAGAGGCACCCAACAGGGGUUUCUUUAAAGGCCUGUUCGGAGGUGGCGCACAGUCUCUGGAUAGAGAAGAGCUAUUUGGAGAGUCAUCCUCAGGAAGGGCCUCGAGGAGCCUUGCACAGCACAUCCCGGGUCCUGGUGGCAUUGAAGGUGUGAAAGGAGCUGCAUCUGGAGUUGUGGGUGAAUUAGCCCGAGCCAGGUUGGCUUUGGAUGAAAGAGGGCAGAAACUUGGUGACUUGGAAGAGAGAACUGCAGCUAUGUUAUCCAGUGCAGAUUCGUUUUCUAAACACGCUCAUGAGAUGAUGCUGAAAUACAAAGAUAAGAAGUGGUACCAGUUCUGACAACCAGAGUCUAAUAAAACUAACUUCAGCCAGAAGGAGGAGGCAGUUUCCUUGUUGCAGUCACUGGUGUACUGGGGAAAGAACACAAGCGGGAAGCGCGUUGCUGAAAACCGUCCCCUCCCAGCACAGCUUACCUCAGUCUCACGGUUCCCUGAGAACUCACGCGUGCAGACUGCAGCAUAUGGCGUGUGCUGGCUGUGAGAUGACAGCGGAGAGCUUAGCGGGGUCCCAUUCUCGGAUGGAACGUCCAAAGGGAUGUGGAGAAGUCCUUGGAUCAUUCCUGUAUUAAACUUUCAUAUGCCAAAAGAUUUUUGUGCCGUGGUAUCUGCCAUCAGUGUUUUAUCCGACGUGGGGAGAGGCAAUAAAUGAGAAGUUCUGAGUCUGAAGUGGUCAUACUUGUGUCGGGACUGAAUUAUACACAGCUGUCUGGACUCGCCCUCUCUCAGGCAGACUGGCCGUCAGUAUCGUUAGUGAGAAACAACAAACUGUCCCCUUACCUUUAGACUGUGCUGAAAAUGGUGGCUUUCAGUAAUCUAAGCGUACACACGCUUGUGUAUGGGAUCCUCUUCGGUUCUCGUUACUGUAUAUUUGUGUUCCGUUCCUCUGUUUUCAGAAGCAAACAAGGUGAUCUAUCACUUUUUCAUGGAAAAGUGUAACGCAUGACUGAAUCGCUCAUCUUCUGAGAGUUUCCAUGUAGUGGCCAUGCGGCGUGGAAAGUAAGAAACCCUCCAUUGUGGUGAGGAGAAUUCUUCAGUGUCCUUUGUCGUCGUUCACAUUAAUUCAGCUAAAGGUAGAUUUGACCAAAAGAGUUACUGUUCAAAUUUGUAGAAAAGUUGAAAUUGGCUACGUUUUUAAUUUUGCUUGAAUUUUUAUAAAAUGUUCAACCAAAUGUACCGUUGCAUUAUUUAAUUAAAAUUGCUAAAACAACAAUGUUUCAUCGUUUCAGUAAAGUGCUCAGCUCCCCUUUUAAACUGUCCUGUAUUUGCUAACAAUUCCGGUCCACUCAGGUGAUGAGCCAGUUAAAUCUUAGUGCACAUAGCUGUUGCAUGGAAGACUGCAAGCCUCUUUUGUCAGUAAUUGUCCAAGAGUCUAGUCUAAUGACCUACAAAAUAUCUCCUGUAGAAAUACAUUGCAAAUCUGUACAUAUCCUUUCGAAAUACUAAAAGCAAAAAGGAAAGGAAAGUAUGAUCACUGGAGUAACAUGAGGGUAGCUGUGUAUUAAAUGGCAGACACCGGUCGGUUCCUGCAGUCACAUUGCAGCCUAGGAAGGAAGACGCCUGUUAUACACAGUUGGAGGAUAUAAUUGUUAAAGCCACAAAGGAAGGAGUGAAGUGGGAGCGUGGUAUUUAUAUAUUGUCUUCUAUGAAAGUCUGCACUGAGUCAUUGUCCUGAAAUAAGCAGGGCUCGAACUGAUGGGCGCCUGCGUGUUCUCUCCUCCCUGUGAUGUGUGAAGGUCCCCGUGAGACAUCUUCAGUUCCACAGCCUGUCACUCACCUGUUCCUCUUUCGCUAAAAAAUUCUUUUGUUUACAUUUUAUAAUGUGCACUACUGGAUAUGAAAGUUUACAUCAAAGUUUAUUUUAAAUAGCAUCAAGUAAGGAUUAGAUAUAUGUGGUAGAGAACUGAUCAAGACAAAAUGUUUUAUAACUGCAAUCAUUUUUAAAAGUUUGUCAAUCUGUAGAAGGUGAAUAAUAUUUCUGUUUCAUGUCUAUGCUGUGAGCAUUUGGCAGCUUACAAAUUGCUUAAUUUGCAUUAUACAUUAUCCACUAAUCCCAUGUCCCAUGAUACCUCAUAGGAAGAGUUGUGUCCUUUUUAAAGGGUGCAGUUUUAUGAAUACCAAUAGUGGGGACUUUUCCAAGGGUGAAAAGUACUAACGUAGCCUAAGACACUGCUUGACUCUGUGUGGAGCCUCGCCUAUUUCUCUGUUGCAUUAUUUGUGUAUCGAAUUUCUUUCUAUAGUCAUUUUAACUGAUGUAAAUAAAAUGAAUCAAAGUUGUAAUUAUUUAUUAGUAGAGAAGUAGAUGUGUUUACCUGAGAUGGAUUUUAUAAGAUCAUCCGAAUGCAUUAUUUUAAGUCAUUUGUUUCUUAUUUUAAUUAAUCUACAUAUUGUGCACAACAACCUAAGAGACUAGAUUAGAGAGUACAAAGUAUUUUUGAAUAGAGAAAAUGAUCUUUCCAAGCUGUGCUUGAUUCUGUAAAUAAACCAGUCUGCAGUACCAACCCAGGGCACUGACUACUGCAGCCUGACACGGCCUGCCUCCCCCAACCCACUCCUGUCCUUUUUUUUGAUGCAAAAAGAAGUAGUCACCAGCAAGCCAAAGUUUCAGGAAUUCUAACAGCAACAACAAGAGGUCAAAAUAAAAAAUAUCAGAAAAUGAAAAUGUGUGUGCACAUGCAUGUGUGCUGUGUGUGUGUGUGUGUGUGUGUGUGUGUCUUCUCUGCCCCCUCAGCACUGAUCACAUUUGUCUUUGAUUCUGAAAUUCAAGUAUUCUGCAAUUAACAUUAUUAACAGGAAGAGAUUUCUCUGUAUGUACCACAUACCUAGUUCAUUUCAUCUUCAAACUAAAAUCAAUCUGUGUUUGCUUAGAAUACUGUUCUUUAAAGUAUUUCAUUCUGUCAAAAUCUUUAUCUCUGUUUGAAAUAUGGCAUCACCUUAACACAUUCCAGACAUACUGUGUUUCAAAAAAUUUGAUUAUGGAUUUUAAAAACAAAACCUGUUCCUCUAGAUUUGAGGUUUUCAUGGAAAAAUACUUGCUAUGUCCACCUGUCAUUCUGUGCGAGUAGACUGCAGAGUUAUCAGGACAUUUCUUAAAGAAGCAUCUACUGAGAACUUAGCGCAGGUAGACGUCAAGUGUGCAAAACAAGCCUGAAGUGUGCAGAUGUUUAGGAUGAGGCGGUGCCGGGAGACAGCCGAGGACUGGGGGAUUCGUUCCACGUUUAUCCUGAGUUCUGUAUUCGAAUCUACUUUGCCCAAGGGUUUCGCAUGUGACAUUAGUAAAGCUAUCUCCAAAGGGAACAUUUUUUUUUUGUGGCAAAGAUUUAUUUUAAUGGGGGAUUUUGUUUAUUUGUUUCUGCAAAAUAAAGAGCACUGAACUUUAAA